CAAAGAAAUCCGUUAAGUAGCAAGAGAAGUGAUGGAUUUGAGAUUAUUCUUAUCACAUUUUAGGUCAGUUUAUCCGCACUUCUUGCAGAGUUCACACCAAAAAAUUCCUCUAGAGAUUGUGUUAAUUAUUUUUUUAUCUUCUCGCAAUGAAAUCCCAUCAAUUCAUCCUCAUUUUUCUCUUCGGAAUCAGUUUUUCCGUAAUUCAGGCUAAUGUCGUCAAUUUUUACAGCGAUAUCGUGGAUAUUCCAUGUGAACACGAUGGAGAUUGCACCACUAAAGUGCUCAAUAACUUUACUUUGUGCCAGAAGAGACAAUGCACGUGCUAUGACGAAAAAGGCCUACAAAGCCUCUGCCAGCUUCAACAAUCGCGUAUAACAAAUGUUAUUGGCGGAAAAUGCCCAUGUCCCAUCAAAUAUUCCAUCUGCGAUCAAUCCCGAGGGAUUUGCAUUUGCACAGAAAAUACUACAGAGAGUCAGGAUAAGAGGCGAUGCAUUCCCAAAGUCGUUCCCCUUGAUGAGAAAUGCGAGGACAAUUCUCAAUGCUUAUCUUUCGAGGAAAAUUCAGAAUGUGAUAUGACUGAGAAGAUUUGCGUCUGCCAGAAGAAUUUCACUCAGGUGGCGGAUUCGUGUCGCCGUGGCGCAGGACUUGGUGGCCGGUGUCGUGUGAAUGCUGAAUGCCUGGAGAGAGCUAAGAAUACAGUUUGUCUGGAUCACAAAUGUAUCUGUGCUAGAGGAUUUAUUGCUCGGAAGAAUCAGAGUGAGUGCCUGGCUGUUACGGGAUACGGACAGCCGUGCUCGGAAUCUGGACAAUGCCAGCAGUCUCUGGGCUUUGGGGGAGUCUGUGACAAUGGCCUAUGCGUCUGUGAUGCUAGUCAUGUCAAUGUCUCUUUGGGAAAUAUCGUGAUCUGCGAGAAGAGAAUCGCUGUUGGUGACACGUGCAAGGAACAUGGACAAUGCUACCAUUCUUACCCACUCGAGCAGACAAUGGAGUGCAUUGGUGGACACUGCCAGUGCAUUGAGGGCUUUUCCGAGGAAAAUCGUCAGUGUGUGGAAAACUCAGUGGAUUGUGUGAAAAUUGUCAGCCCAAUUUUGCUUCUCAUCUCCCUGAUUGUCCAUAAAAUCCUCAAUUAGAGGAUACCAAUUGAACAGAGAAAAAAAAACAAACCGCCUGAGCGGGAAAAAAUACCCAGCGAUAUAAGUGAGUCAUAUUGCAAUUUAGCAAAUAUUUUUUCUUUUUACAACAAUGUAAAAAUCCAUUGAUAAAUUAUAUUGAAAUAAAUGCGGUUUUCGGUGCAAUUUUUCAUGCAAAA